CUUUUUCUUCCUCACCAAGUUGGAUUUCGUGAAUAAAACCCUCACCCCCCUUUGUCUUAAGCCCUAAACCCCUUUCUCUCUCCAAAUCUCCAAAUGGGUAGCAACCAAGCCGCAAUCUCCUUCCUCACAAACGUCGCCCGCGCCGCCAUCGGCCUCGGCGCUGCCUCCGCCGCCGUCAACUCCUCCCUCUACACCGUCGAUGGAGGCCAGCGCGCCGUCCUCUUCGACCGAUUCCGCGGCAUCCUCGACGACACCGUCGGCGAAGGAACCCAUUUCCUCAUCCCAUGGGUCCAGAAACCCUACAUCUUCGACAUCCGCACUCGCCCCCACACCUUCUCCUCCAUCUCCGGCACCAAGGAUCUCCAGAUGGUGAACCUCACCCUCCGUGUUCUCUCCCGCCCCGACACCGAACGCCUCCCCGUCAUUGUCCAGAAUCUCGGUCUGGAGUAUGAUGAGAAGGUUCUCCCCUCGAUCGGCAACGAGGUGCUCAAGGCUGUUGUUGCUCAGUUCAAUGCCGAUCAGCUCCUCACCGAGCGUCCUCAGGUGUCGGCGCUGGUUCGCGAGAGCCUCCUCCGCCGCGCGAAGGAUUUCAACAUUCUCCUUGAUGAUGUUGCCAUCACGCACCUUUCCUAUGGUGCCGAAUUCUCACGUGCUGUUGAGCAGAAGCAGGUGGCGCAGCAGGAGGCGGAGAGGUCUAAGUUUGUGGUGAUGAAGGCUGAGCAGGAGCGGCGCGCUGCGAUUAUCCGAGCUGAGGGAGAGAGUGAAGCUGCAAAGCUGAUUUCUGAUGCGACGGCUGCGGUGGGAAUGGGGCUGAUUGAGCUUAGGAUGAUUGAGGCUUCGAGGGAAAUUGCUGCGACGCUUGCGAAGUCUCCCAAUGUGUCUUACCUUCCUGGUGGAAACAACAUGCUCAUGGCUCUUAAUGCUGGCCGUUGAUUGGUGUGGGGCUCAAUGAUAUGGUGUAAGGGCAUGCUUGGAAUGGUAUUGAGGUUUUCCUAUGCUGGAAGAAGUUUAGAAGACAAAAUUGUGGAGCCCAUCUCAAUUGAGCACCAUUUCAUAGUAAUUUUUUUAGAAGAAAAAAUUGUAAUAAGUUUGAGUGUUUGACUAUAAAUGGUUGUUUUUUUGAAGUUGUACAAUGGUGACUACACGCUUAACUAGUUGGAUUAAUUAGUUGCUCUUUAAUCA